AGUGGAAACAGAUAUGGUGACGAAGAUGGAGACAGAUAUAGCGAUGAAGAUGAAGACAGAUAUGGUAAUGAAGAAGAAGAUGGAUAUAACAAUGAAGACAAAUAUGGUGACAAAGAUGAAUAUAAUGACAAGAUAAAAACAAAACUGGCAAUGAAGAUGGCAGAAAAUAUUGUAACAAAAAGAUAA